AUGGCCGCUCCGCCCAGUGCCUCUGCUGAGUCUGGGGUUCGUAACCCUCAGCAGGGUAUGAGCCCAACGCAAGCCCUUGAGGGCGAACUCUUGGGGCCGAAUUACGGCCAAGAGAUGCCUGCGCAACUACGAGAUGAGGAGCGAAGACUUCAGACAGAGACUCAGCUUCCCAAUGGUGUUGGGCCGUCUUUGGCCACUCCUGGAAAUGCGGAAGGGAGUCAAGACGCAGAGCAUGGUCGGCAGGAGCGGGCCGAGGAUCGUGCAAACUCCCGCGGGGUGCGCAUCAUGACUGAGCCGGCGCAGGAGCAUGCAGAUCACGAUCCCCCUAUCAGCUGGGGAACCGGACACGCCGCGUCAGUGCAUGAGUUAGCCGCACCGGAGCGCGACGUGACGUUAUACGAUGAGAGUGGAACAGCGUUGUUUGACAGGUUUAGUCCAUCGCCGUUGCCUGGACAAAGCCCAGUGGUCGGACACGCUGGUGGAUCUUCAAGGUCUACGUGGUUUGGUCGCCUAGGCGACUACAUACAGCGACGAGUCGAAGUGACGGCUUGGUCUUCACCUCCCAAUGCGGGAGGCAACCCCGGCACGGCUUGGCCACGACCGGAAGGAGCAGCGGAACUUCCACGACUGCCUGUGCCUGUAGCGGCGCAGCCAGCACGGCAUGCGGACUCAGCCUCUAGUGGAUCGGUGGGGUUUUCAGCAGAAAUGGUGCAAGCAGAGGUGGCGAGACAGCUGGAGCAUGCGGUGGGUGAUAUCAUGGAUCGCCUUCAAGCAGAGCGACAAAGGACGAUGGAGGCUACGAGUGAGGCGCAGCGGCUACGCCAGCAACUGGAGUGGCACGAGGCGCAGAUGAAGCAGCGGACGGUCCACACGAGGGGCCUACCUACGGAUGCGGAGAUGAGGAUGAUGGAGGUUCGGGAGUUCAACCUGGAGUUUCCGCAGAUCAAUCCCUACCUGGUACUGGUCGUGAAGGGCAACCGGGCGAUGUUAGAGUACCUCAACCCUACAGCAGUGAUCAUGUCGUCCCGCCUCCAAGGUGACCGUCCUGAAACAGUGAAGCCGGGGAUCAAUGAGCUGCCUUUCUUGCCGGAGUACCAGCCCCAGACAGGAUCCAUUGACCUUUUGAACUGGAUCACGCAUAUUGGCCCGAUCAUGCAGGACCUCUCGGACACGAGCGCAACAUGGUGGACCACGAUCAUGAAGGACGUCUCCACCUGGUACCACCAGUACAGCUCUGCGGCGCCCCUAGCUCGCCUACAACUUCGACCUCAAGCGUCACCGGAACUGACGAGGCCAGAAUGGGCAAGGGUUGAGAGACGGGCUACGGCGAUGAUGCUGAGUGCUGUGCCCCGGGGCGUUAGAGAUGAAGUGAUAGCGCAUGGUCAAGUGACAUCAUUGGUGUUACUUUGCAAACUAUACGCCAUGUACCAGCCGGGGAACUUGCAGGAGAAAGCCUUGGUCCUGAAGAUGUUGGAGAUGCCCGAUGAAUGUUCGAGCGCUCAGGAGGCUAUGGAGGGGCUUCGCAAAUGGAACCUUUGGAGGAGAAGGGCCAUGUCGAUUGGCAUAGCGGAGCCGGAUGCCUCGGUCCUCUUGAAAGGGCUGGACCGUAUCACAGGGCCCAUCGUGAGGGCCAACCAUGAGUUAUCGUUCCGGGUGAGUUUGAUCCGGAGUACUCUGCAGGUGGACGUGAGCCCCAGCUCGGGUAGCGUCACGACGUUCUUGCAGCACCUGCAGGCGGAGAUGGAGCAGCAGGCCCGACUCGGAGCGGCAAGGCCCAGCGGUGAUGUGUCUACUUCAAUGAGGGCUUUGACGGCGGGUGCGGACUCCGGGACGCCAUCGACGCCAUCCGCCGCGGCGCCUACUACCGGAACGCCGGCUCCCUCUACCCCAAGAGCCUCAGGAAACGUGUGCAAGUUCUUCAUGGGAGACCGUGGUUGUCGACGGGGCAACAGUUGCAAGUUUCCUCACACGUGGAAUGCUAUGGAUAAGGCAACCAGAGCAAAAAAGUGCUUGUGUUGCGGGGCUGUUGGACACAAGGCUCGUGAGUGCAAGGCCCCAGGAGGAGGAGCCUUUUCACCAAAGGGUGCUCCGAAGGGCUCUACCGUUGGAGCCAGUGACACUGGUGCCACGACCAGCGCUGCCGCUACUUCUGAGUCGCCCACUCGACGGGUGAAUUUUGAGCCGGGCGAUGUUCAGGUGAAAGUCAUGAAGGUGAUCGAGGAGGUGCGGCACAUGAAGAUGUUCCAACCUCUGGUUGCGGCUCUGGAGUGCUGGAAGGACCAUGGUUUCUACGGCCUACCAAAGCCUCGCGGUGCGUUGCUCGAUUCGGGCUCCACUCAUGUACUUCGCCAACCUAAGGACCAGCAAGAAUGGGAUCGAGCUAAACAGGUGAAUGUCCAGUUGGCGGGAGAUGCUGUGGCAGCUAUGAAACAGACCGUGAGUGGGAGUUUGUUGAGUGCUGAGGAGUUGGCUCAGGUGAUUGUGCCCCUGGGCAAAGUGAUCUCCACCCUCGGCUACAAGCUCGAUUGGACGGCGGACCACUGCAUCCUGCACGGCGAGGACAAUGAGCAGCUGGUCUUGGAUGUGAAGAAUGGAUGCCCGGAGGUUAGCCAUGCCGUUGCCCAGCAGUUGAUUCAGCGUUUGGAAAGGCACCAGCUCCCAGAACUCGAGAGCAACACUCAGCUGUCGGUGAAGGCCCUUAGGAAGCUGAAGAUGAGCUGGUGGUCGUGCUUGGAGGAGUACGUGAAGACGGGAAAUGUUCUUGAGGCCCGAACUGCUGUGGAGAAGGCGACGUUCAUCAACUACAAGGAUGUGGUCAAGAAUGAGAUGAUCACGAAGCUGCCUCGACCGGGGAUUUGGGACUUGAUGAAGUCUCUCAAGGUGAACCGAAGGGCGCGCAAGCGCCUGUUGAGGGCCGAAUCGUGGGCGCUACGAUGGGACCCGCCCACUGUGGAGCGGUUCAAGGACCCUUUGAAGCACUUGGCGUUCAUUGGAGGAGUUGUGUAUGUGAACAUGAACUCUAUGUUGGUUGAGAAUGAGUUCGGGGAUGUUUGGAAGGUGAUACAAUGGGCAGCCCUCCAGGGAAAGAUCAGCGCAAUUGUUUCCCGCGACUGCCUACCUCGCCACUUGGACCAGUUGGCCGCAGGACCCCAUCGCAGCAAGGUUCACUUCCUCCAUGCCCUUGCGUGCGCUGGAAAACAGCGAAGCGAUGGAACUUCUGUCAAGUUCUAUGUGGAGGACAUGGACCGCAUCAACUACAACCGCCAACGAGCGACGGAGAACUACGAGGACCUUUGGCCCGCCUGGACUGAGUGCCAGGACACCAAGGAGUACUUGGAUGAGAUGGGUUAUGGCCGGUCCCCUGAUGGCAAGUUCUUUCGGUACUUUGUCAUUGGCGCCCUCAGGAUUCCAGAGGUGGACGGAGGAGGUGGACAUGCUGAAGUUCGAGGCCAUCCAAUUCCUGGGGAACAUGGAGACCAGGAGGAGGAGGACCGCCUAUCUGAGGAGGAGGCCGGUGAGGCUGAUGGUGGAGAUGAUGGGGCGGGUGUUGAUCCUGCUGAAGUUGCUGAUGAAGAAAGAAAGUGGAAGGAGUUGUUGUCUACUUUCAAGGAGCCCAUCAAGACCUCCACCUUGUACUUUGCGGUGCCGGUGAACAACAAGAAGGCUGCCACGAUGCUCCCGGCGGUCCAGCGCAUUGUGAUGGACAUCAAAGCACUGGGAUAUCCGGUUACCAGACUGCAUACGGACCGCGGAGGUGAGUUUCGUGGGAAUGUGGUGCGGAAGUGGGCACUUGCGCAAGGAAUGUGGCCUACGACGACUUCGGGGUCAGAUUCGGCUGCCAAUGGAGUCGCAGAAUCGGGAGUGCGGUUCUUGAAGCGCCGGGCUCGCAUCCUUCUCGACUCCGCAGGGGUUGGAAAGGAACACUGGCCCACAGCGGUCCAGUACGCAGCGGCCCAACAGCGAGCCGACGUGCUGGGGAGUUUGCCAUCAAUGCCGGUGGCUUAUGGGACAAAGGUCUAUGUGAAGACCAAGCGCUACAAGACGGGUGCGGUCGAGGACUUUGGCCCGCAUUGGACCGUUGGCCGAUACGCGGGACCGUCCACGGACAUCCGCGGAGGACAUGUGAUCUUGAAGGCCACGGGCACGUUCAUUCAGACCACUCAUGUGAGAGUGGCCAGGGAUCCGCCGCCUUUGGACGAAGUGGCUCCGACUGUGAUUGUGGAGCCAGAAGACCCCGCAGGCGAUCUUUCUGACGAACCUCCUCUACCACCACCUGUGCGACCACCACCAAGGCGAAUGAGCCAAGGCCCCCUCAGAGUUCAAGAUUGCCUAGAGGACGAGGAGGAGGCGGCUCUCAAGUACUUGAAGUUUGACGAGAUACAGUAUGUGGAACGCAUUGCGGAAGAGAUGCUUCGAGAAUCUCGUCUUGAAGAUCAUGAUGGUCAGGGGCUAGUGAUGGGAGCAUUUGUUCAUGGUGGUUCUUUUGGUGUGACCCGAUAUGGGCGUGACCUUCCUUGGGUGACCAAGUUCUUCAAUGCCUACAUGAAAAAGAAGUUGACCAAGAACUGGCCGCACCUCAACUAUGCAUGGACCACCCUCGUGAUUCAGGCGGCCAAGGAGGUUCCCAAGCACAAGGAUAGCCACAACGAGAGGGACACCUACAACUAUGUUCUGGAGCUAAAGGCCCCAGCCUCUGGAGGACUAUGGGUUCAGGACCUGGACUGUCAAAGACGAGUGGUUGGAGGCAGUGACCCCCAGGACUACCAGUACCAGACUGCAGAUGAUGAGGUUCACGAUGGUUGUUUGGUGAAUGUCCAGGAAAUCCCGGCGGUGUUUGAUCCGUUGGUUCCCCACGCCUACGUCCCGCAUGAUGGAGUGAAGUGGUUUUUGUCUGCUUAUACGCCGCAAGGGAGUAGCAAGUUGUCAAUGAAGGACAAGGAGUACUUGAAGUCCGCUGGUUUCCCCAUGGAUGGUUCUGAGUCCCAUGGAGGAGAUCCCGAUGGGGUGCUGGAAACCAGACCGGCACUAAAUGCAGUUUCCUUCCCAUGUGAGGGUGCGUGGAGCCGAGCUCGUGUACCAGAGGAUGAUGUGGAAGCUGCAACCGUUGGGGAUUGUGAGGCCACUUUUUGUGAAUGGGCCAUGUAUACCGACGCGGUUGGUGAAGGUGAUGAACGCGGACUGGAUGCUCCUUCAGGUGUACGCCGUCUUUGUAAAGUGUGUGGAUCCGAUGAUCCUGGUGAUGAGUUGGAGGCCCUGACGACCUUGGCAAAUGUUUUGGAUGGAGAUGCGAUGUUUGGGGAGGCCGCAGAGGACUUGAGCACCAAUGUCGAGUUCUGGUCUUCCUUGGGUUUGUAUGAUAACCCUCGGCUUGCCAAGUUGGAGCCGGAGUAUGUUGAGAACAUCGAGAAGAUCAUCCAGGAAGCCAAGGACUCCAGGACACCGUUGCGGCACACCUACAAUGUGAGCCCCCAGGAGGCGAAGCAGGUGAUCCAUAAAUGGAAGCCGGCAAUUGAAAAGGAGCUGGGCGUGGUUGAGAAGGGGUUCCUGAGAGUUGACGCGAAAGACAUCGCGAUCCUAAAAAGGAAGUAUGUGGUUCAGGAACUUCCAUCAAAGUUGGUCUACACCGUCAAGCCGCCCAACGCAGCCAAUGAUGACACCUCCGAAGAGUUCUACUGUCGGAGAAAGGCUAGAAUAGUCUGUUGCGGCAACUUCGCGGCUGAGGACCAAAGUGAACUGUUCGCCGGCGGCGCGGCGGCAGAGAGUCUCAGAUGCAGUUUGGUGUAUGCGCUCAAGCGAGUGUGGCGAGCAGCCAUAGUUGAUAUCGCUGGAGCAUUUAUGCUCACCCCGCUGGCUCACGAGGAGGGCGGCGUCGUCUACAUUAUACGACCUCCAGCAGCCUUGAUACAGUUGGGGUUGGCAAAGGAGUCGGAAAGAUGGAUGCUCACGCAUGGCAUGUAUGGUCUACGACAAUCUCCAAAGUUGUGGGCGUCGUUCCGGGACACCUCCAUGAGUGACAUGAGCGUUGAGGCGGAGGGAAAGCAAUGGAUGAUGUUGAAGGGCCGGGCGGAGCCUAAUCUAUGGCUUGUCUAUGAGGUGGGUGCGGCUCUUACCAAGGAGCCGGCGGCGUUGGUCUUAGUCUACGUGGACGACAUCUUAUUGUCAGGACCGUUAUGGUUGGUGACGGCGCUGGCAAAAAUGAUUGGCCAAAAGUGGAAGACAUCGCCACUGGAUCUCCUGACCCCAGAUCAUGAUGUGAGGUUCUUGGGUUGUGAGCUUUCUACCAAUGAGGACAUGGAUGCCAUUUACGUGCACCAGCUGCCCUACAUAGAGGAGAUCUUGCGGCUCCACGAGGUGACUUCGGAGGAGCAGUCGCAUAUCCAGGCUCCCCGCGAGAUGGUGACCUUUGAAGCUUUUGAGGGUGAAGAGGCAGGCACGCCUGACGAAGUGCGUCAAGCUCAAAGGCUUUGUGGAGAGUUGUUAUGGCUGGCACAAAGGUCGAGGCCCGACGUGAGUUUUGUGGUGAGUGCCAUGGGCUCUUUGUUGACAAGGGCGGCCCCUCGGUGCCUACGCGUCGGUCGCCGGCUGUUAGCCUACCUCCAGCGUACCAAGAAUCUGGCGUUGACUUUGAAGCCGGUGGGUUCAGAGUUCGUUGCGUUUUCGGACAGCAGCUUCGCCCCAAGUGGCUCGAGGAGUCACACGGGUAUAGUGCUGACCUGGAUGAACUCCCCGAUCAGCUGGAGGGCAUGUAAGCAGCCCUUCACUUGCUUGAGUACGGCUGAGUGCGAGCUGGUGGCUGCCAUUGAGGCGUUGACGAUGGCAAAGUCGAUCGAGGUUGUCCUACGGCAGUUGGACAGCGGGCUGGGGAAGAUCAUCCUGGGAAUCGACAACCAGGCGGCCAUCUCCAUAGCAACGCCUACUACAAAUUCCUCGUGGCGGACCCGCCACUUGCGGGUGAGGGCGAGCUACAUCCACGAGCAGAUAGAGGACGGCCAGGUCAUUGUUCGAUAUGUCCCUGGCAGGGAUCAAUGGGCAGAUUUGCUCACGAAGAGCUUCCCUCGACAACGACUUGGUGAACUCACGAUGCUAUGGGGAUUCGUGGACACUGCCGCUGAGGUGAUGAAGACAGCGGCGGUCCGGACCAUGUUGUUAUGUCACCUAGUGCAGACAGCGAGGGCCCAGAGAAAGGAUCCUUUACCUCUUGAUAGCUCGAUGGAGUUGUACGUCAUCGUGCUGAUGGUUGGCAUUGCCUUGAUUGCUCUUUGGGAGGCCUUGUGGUGGCUGUGGGAUAAAUGCUGCUCGAGCCCGACUUCUUCCCGGUCGGCUAUAAGGCUCAGAGGGAUUCAGGAAGCCGUGCAGCGUGAACUGGCGGCUCAGAUGGCUCAGCGCGAGAGCAUCCCGGCGACGCCACCGCUGGCCACGGAACCUACAUCUACACCUGCGCCUGUGACCCCCCGUAGAACCAGGGGAGCAUCGUCUUCUACUACACCGAGCCGGAUUCCGGCUACAGUCUUGGGGUCACCAGGGCCCCGGCGAGUUCGAAUGGUGGAUUCGGCUACGCAAACAGUGAUGGAUGAUAACUACGUGCCUAUUGUGGAGUACCUGGAUCGCGAUGUGCCGGUCCCGGUGCCACACCCUGGACCUGUUCUUGUGAGCCCGAAUGGAGAUCACUUCCACACUGUUCCGAACUGCUGGGGACUUCGAAAUGUGGCUAGGCCUAGGCGUUUGAUGCUAUGCAAUCUAUGCCAGAACAAUGGCGGACGAUCGCUCUACUAG